UACUUUUUGUCCAAUAGUAAGUUCCGUAGCUAAGCUGUGACGGUCGCGGUGCGUUGAUUCUGAACGCAAAAAAAUGGAUACCUUCAGCAACAGUGGCAAAGCCCCGACGCUCUCAAAAGCGGAAUACCUUAAACGUUAUUUAUCAGGAGAUGGGGAUGCCAAAAAAGAUAAGAAAACAAAAAAGAAGCGAAUCAAUCCUGUGAGGAAGGGGAUGAAAAUAGUGGAUGACGACGUGCAUUGGAAGCAUUUAAUAAACGCAGAAGAGAAAGAGAACCAAGAGGAGGAUGAGGAAGAGGCCCCUGUGGUGGCCGAGGUGAUAGAUGAGCGCCCAGAGGAGGUCAAGCGACUGGAAGAAUUCAGGAAUAACCAAAAGUGGAAACGCCUAGGAGCCACAAAUGAUGAUUCUCAAGAUUCACAAGAACUUCAAGGCUCCCAUUCAGCAGCAAGCUCAGGAAAUGAACAAUCAUCGCGUCAACAGAGGAACGAUUCUCCAGACAUUUCGCCGCCCAGAAAGCUUUGCCAAGGCUCACCAGACGUCUCUCCACCACGGAGACAACGUCACCACUCGCCGGACAAUUCUCCACCACGGAGACAACGUCACGACUCGCCUGUGAGAGAAAGGCAGCCCGACCUCUCUCCCCCGAGGCAGAAAGCGGCCCCAAGAAGGGAGCGCCAUGACUCCUCGUCCCCCUCCCCUCCCAGAAGGACCCGCACGAGCUCCAGGGUGCCAGAGAAAGGAGGCAAAGACUCCUCCCCUUCCAGGAGGAAACAAAAUGCUGUGGGGUCGAGUCGCUGUGGGAACAAUUCAGACAUGGACCUGUCACCCCCGCGAAACUCUGCUCGGCGCUCCGCAGGUUCUGACCUCUCUCCUCCCCGGAAGCGCUCCCAGCAGAGCAGGGGCUCAGACUCUGACCUGUCUCCUCCUAGGAGACGGCCCCGUGAGGGUGGGUCUGGCUCCGAGUCUGACCUCUCCCCACCGCGGAGGACUGUGCAACGCUCCCCGGAAUCACACACGACCCCACGGAUGCUCUCUGGAGGGGCGGCAGGCCUGGUCAGUCUAGACAUCCUGCGGAAGGAGCAGGAGGAGAACCGCAGGAGAGAGAAGAAGAACCAGCCCCUGGAAGAGGCCUCGCGGAAUGCACAGACGGUGUUCAGGGAUAAGUCAGGGAAGAAGCGGGACAUCGACCUGGAACGGGAGGAACAGCGCAGGAAGGCUGGGGAGAAGGCGGAGCGGGACGAAAAAUAUGCCCAGUGGGGGAGAGGGCUCGCACAGGGCCACAUGCAGCAACAGAACGUGGUGGAUGCGCUGCGGGAGGCCGAGAAGCCGCUGGCGAGGCACGCAGACGAUGAAGACCUGGACCGCAUGCUGAGGGAGCAGGAGAGGGACGGAGACCCCAUGGCCGGCCUGCUGCGCAAGAAAAAGGAGAAGGACUCCCUGCGUAAAGGGGGCAAAGAACGACCUCGCUACAAGGGCCCGCCUCCUCCCCCUAACAGGUUUAACAUCAUGCCUGGGUAUCGCUGGGAUGGCGUGGACAGGUCAAACGGGUUUGAGAAGCGGAGGUACAGCCGUAUUGCGGAUAAGGCGGCCAUGCAGGAGACGGCCUACAAGUGGAGUGUGGAGGACAUGUAGACGUCUCUCCAGCAGGACCAGAGCAGACUGGACCAGACUGGGCAGGGAUCUAGUCAGCUUCCUCCAGCACUGUAUGUCCAACACCUGUGGGAAGAACCAACAACCCUGGAGAUCACCUCCAUCUAACAGACGCAAGCAGAAAGUAAUUUGAUCUCUGGUUCUUUUCAUAGUUUGAGAGCAUUUAAUUGCAGAUGCCCCCAUGCUUUUCCAGACAUUAAAAAAAACAGGCUGCUUUAUUAUUAUUUUUUAUUUCUGGUUUGUCAUUUUUGAUUAAUUCAUAUCUGAAAGACCAACCAAUAAUGGAAAUCCGCUGAGCUGUGUUGUAGAUACUGUUCAUCAUUUUUAUGACUCUUCUUCCUCUGUCACUUGUGGUGUUUGUUUCAUAGAUGGUGCUCAGCUGAACAAGGGGUAUUUGUUUUAGGGUUUAUCUCGAACAAAAUGGUCCCCUCACCUGAUUGUAAAUCUCCCUGUGUUCCACAAACACUUUAUACACUGUCAGAUGUUUAUUUUGUUAUUUGUAAGUACAGUAAAUGAUUUGUGUAAGUA